CUUUUGUUUCUCUCCUUCCUACUCAAGACAACAUGGCGAACGCAGCAUCUGGAAUGGCCGUUAGAGAUGAAUGUAAAUUGAAGUUUUUGGAGCUAAAAGCAAAGAGAAAUUACAGAUUCAUCAUUUUCAAGAUCGACCAACAGGAAGUGGUGGUAGAUAAAUUGGGAAAACCAGAAGAAACGUAUGAAGAUUUUACCGGAUCUCUUCCAUCAGAUGAGUGUCGCUAUGCUGUUUUUGAUUUUGAUUUUAUUACUGAUGAGAAUGUUCAGAAGAGCAAGAUUUUCUUCAUUGCAUGGUCACCAGACAUAUCUAAGGUGAGAAGUAAAAUGGUGUAUGCGAGCUCCAAGGAUAGAUUCAAAAGAGAAUUGGAUGGCAUUCAAUUUGAGUUGCAAGCAACAGAUCCGAGCGAGAUGAGUUUUGACAUUGUCAAGGCACGUGCAUUUUAGAUGCCACAAAUUAUCGAUCUAUCCCUCUUUGUUUUGCUCCAUCAACAAACUACUACACAUGUUCUUGGAGCUAAUUUGUAAUUUCUUAUAUCUAAUUUACUUUUAUAUACUUUUACUUUUAA